ACUCUAACCCGACUCUGACCCGAUUUGGACCCUCGAUGGAAACGUAGUCAUAGGGAAAGACAUAAAAAUACGACCAUUCAGUCACUUAAUCUAAACGCGCCUUAACAUCCUUCAGUUUUGUUUAUAUACUUCUUUGUCACACUUUAGUUAAUGAUUGACAGAUGUACGAGGAAAAUGGAAGAUCGCGCAUUUGUUUAAGGUUAUACAAUAUUAUUUUAUUGUUCAAUUUGUUUUCAAUUCAGGUAAUUAUUCCUGAAAAAAGUAUCAGUUUUGUUAGCAGAUAAGAAUUCAUAUGUAGAAAACUGUCCAAUACGGCACAAAAUUUGUUGCCAAAAUGAGUAAGAUGUAUACAACCGCUAAUCUCUCCGACAAGGAGUUGAAGGAACAAGGAAAUCGACUUUUCAAUCUUCACAAAUAUGAGGAUGCUGCGUACUGCUACACCAAAGCAAUUAUUAAAAAUCCAACCCAAGCAUUAUACUUCACGAACCGGGCAUUGUGUAACCUAAAAUUAAAACGAUGGGAAUCGUCCUGUCAAGACUGCAGACGGGCUCUCGAUAUUGAUCCAUGUCUGGUAAAAGGUCAUUUUUUUUUGGGUCUUGCUCUUCUUGAAAUGGAACUUUUUGGUGAGGCUGUUAAACAUUUACAAAGAGGUUUUUACACGAAUGUGAAACUUGCCCUUCACGUGGUUAUAUAUCUCAAUCAUAAUGGGAUAGCUGUGGAUUUGGCUAAGGAACAAAAGUUAAACUAUGGUGAUGAUAUGACCAGUAUUUUAAGGCAAGCACGAAAACGUCUCUUUCAAUUAAGAGAAGAACAGAGGAUUGCUCAAGAUAUUGAACUGCAAUCAUAUUUAAACCAGUUAAUAGUAGAAGAUGCUGAACGAAGCUUGGCUGCUUUAAAAGAACAAGAAACGACAAAAGAAACAAAUGGUAAAUCUGAAGGCGAAGGUGUGUCCAAUGAAUUUACAAGAAAGAAAGAAGAAAUAGAAGAGAAAAGGGACACGUGUAUGGCUCAGCUUAAUGACUUGUUUGCGAAAGUAGAUGAAAGAAGAAGGAAAAGGGAAGUACCUGAUUAUUUGUGUGGAAAGAUUAGUUUUGAAAUUUUACAAGAGCCUGUAAUUACGCCAAGUGGAAUUACAUAUGAACGAAAAGAUAUUGAAGAGCAUUUGCAAAGGGUGGGACAUUUUGAUCCAGUUACUAGAGUUCGCUUAACUCAAGAUCAGUUAAUCCCCAACUUAGCAAUGAAGGAAGUAGUUGACACAUUUCUUCAAGAAAAUGAAUGGGCAUUAUAUUAUUAACAUGUACAUUUAGAUUACUGCCAUAUUUUUAUGAUAAUUAUACAUGCAAUGGUUUCUUUGUUUUGUUAAUUUAUACAAAUGUGCAUAUCAUUACCUUACAGUGAAUAGAACAUGUGUCUGUACAAAAUUCAGUUUAUUUCUAUUAUUGAGUAUAAUUAGUUUAUUAUAAUUUGAACGAUUAUUAAGCCAUUUAACAGACGUAAUAAUAAUGUUAUUAAUAAAUCCAACUUUCUUUUAUAAGUGUUUCUUAAAUUGUGAGCGAAUAUUAAUGUUAAAUAUUGAAAAUAGCACACAAUACUCUUAAAUGGGUUGUUAGCAAGUAUGAAUCGUACAAGAAUAUUACAAUUGUAUAUCGUUUUUUCAUAUAGAUGAUAAAUAAAUUUAUUUUAUGGUGUA